AUGAGACAGUCUGCAGAAAGUCCCCAAGCCAGCGAGUGCCCAUCUCCGCACGUCCGGGCUGCGGGCAGCAGCCUGGGGCCACCGCUGGGGUUGCACGCGGGGUUGAACCGCGUGAUGGGAUACGAACUUAACUACUUGCCACUCUUAACAGGCUUUUUACAGGCUUCCUCUUCAUUUGAUGUGAAAGAUUCAAGAGGUAAUAUCUGCAUAAUGGCUGAUCUGACAGUGGCCUUCUCAGUGGAAUACAACAGCAAUGGGCAAAAAGAGGUUGCAAACUUUUUUCUUCCACAAAAUGCCACAGUACUGCAACGAAGCACAUGUGGUAAACGUAACACAUCUCAACCCAUUCUGGCAUUGGGUUUUGGAGCAGGACAUUCGUUAAGCCUGAAUUUCAUGAAGAGUGCAAACCAGUACCAAGUUGAAGAGUUAAUUUUCCACUACAAUCUGUCAGAUAAAACUUUAUUCCAUAAUUCAACUGAAGGAAAAGUGAUGAAAGUAUCUCAUAAAUCUGAUAUUCGGGCAGAUAUGGGCACGAAAUACAGAUGCGUCAGCUCCAAGCACUUCAAUAUGAAGAAUGUGAACAUCACUUUUAGCAAUGUUACUUUGGAAGCCUAUGUUGCAAAUGGCACUAUCAGUACAAAUAAAACAGAAUGUGCUGAAGACAUGGUCUCCACUACUGUAAUGACUACAACUCCUAGACAGACUACUAGCCAGGUUCCAACAACUAGUCCAGCACCAACUGCGUUGCCACAAAAUCCUGCUGUUGGUAAAUACAACGUGACUGGUGCAAAUGGAACCUGUGUGCUUGCCUCCAUGGGGCUGCAGCUUAAUGUCACCUAUCUAAAGAAAGAUGAAAAGAUUGGAUUAGAUGUGUUGAAUUUCAUACCGCAUAAUACAACUUCUUCUGGGAUGUGCAGCAAUAUUUCUGCCUUCUUGAAUUUGACUUUUGAGAAAACAAAACUUAUCUUCCACUUUGCAUUGAAUGCAACUACUGAAAAAUUCUUUCUGCAAGGUGUGAAUGUGAGCACGACUCUGCCUUCUGAAGCAAAAGUUCCAAAAUUUGAAGCAUCUAACAACAGCAUGAGCGAGCUGAGAGCUUCAGUAGGCAACUCCUAUAAGUGCAGCGCAGAGGAGAAUCUCUGGGUCUCGGACAAAGCCCUUGUCAACGUAUUUAACGUUCAGAUACAGGUUUUCAAGAUUGAUGGAGACAAAUUUGGGGCAGUGGAAGAAUGUCAACUGGAUGAAAAUAAUAUGUUGAUCCCAAUAAUAGUUGGUGCAGCCCUUGCUGGUCUUGUUCUGAUCGUCUUGAUUGCUUACUUGAUUGGCAGAAAGAGGAGCCAUGCUGGAUACCAAACAAUUUAAUGAGUUGCACUCAAAUCCAGUGUAGAUAAAAAAAAAAAAAAAAGCAAUUGCAAGAAGCAGAAAAAAAGUAACAUUUCCCCUGAGCUAAGAUUGAUAUUGUAAGGAAACACCUUUUCUUGCAAAUUGCUUCUUCUCAAAAUUUGCUUUAUUAAAUGUGGAAUCAUCUUGCAGCAUUUAACUAUGCACAAAAAUAACCGAAAAUUUUGGUGUUUAAUUUUGCUAACUAGUUCAAAUAUUUACCCACUUAGAAACAAGCUAAAAGUUUUUAAGGGUGCUUUUUUUGGAAUUGGCAUAAGGUAAUGUCAGCUAAAGAUUCCAGACAGGGAUGUUGCUAAUACACAUUGACUCAACCUCAAAAUUCUUAACAAAGGGAAAAAUUUCAUUCUUGAUACUGCUGCCACCCAGUCAUGAGUUAAAUUAUACUGAUAGUGUAUUUAAAAGAAAUUUAGUAACAACUGACAAAAUUGAAAUUUGAAGUCUAAACUCCACCUUGUCUCUUAGGUGUGCAUUUUUUUACUAAGCUUUAAACACAAUGCCUGGCAUAUGCAGGGUGUGAACAACGCAAUACUCAAACCUUAUAGGAACUCUUUAUGAUUGGACAACUCCCCUGUUUGAUAUUUUUGAUGCUAUGACAGCUUGUUAGGAGCUGAUACUUUUUUAAAAUGGGUGUUAUUUUUAUUUACAUUUUUUUGUAAAGUGAUUUCAGUCUCUUCUGUUGGAAGGUCCAGAGAGAUCCUGUUACUGCACAUGUGUACAAUAUAGAUCUCAAUCUGCUGAUUCUCUUGCUUUAAACUUGGCUGGGGGUUGUACACUUUAAGGAUCAGUUCUUAUGUAUGCAUUGCCUGUAACAAUGCUAAUAAAGACACUUUUUUCUGUA